GGGCAGCACCCCCUGGGGUUCUGCAGACGCAACAAGGGGGAAAAACAAAGCGGGCGGACUGAGGAUUCGAACCUGGCGUUCGGUCCUCCAAGGCCAUAGAGAGGGCAUAGAGAGAGCGGCCGGGCGGCUUCCCGCCGGCAGCGGCGGUUCCCAUGGAGAUGGAAGAUGGCGGCGAGGGGCCGCCAGCGCUCCUCGGCCCCGCUGCAGGUCCUGCUCUUCCUCAACGGGUGGUACAGCGCGACCUACUUCCUGCUGGAGGCGUUCAUCUUCGCCUACAAGGUGCUGCUGCUGCCGUACCCGCUCACCAACCUGCUGCUGGACGUGCUGCUGCUGCUGCUCUACCUCGGCAUUGAGACCACGCGCAUCUUCUUCGGUUCCAAGGGCAACCUGUGCCAGCGCAAGGUGCCUCUGGCCGUCUGCCUGGCCCUCACGGUGCCAGCGGCUGUCAUGGCGACCUACUGCCUGCUGCUGCAGACCUAUGCCCUGCGCCUGGAGGCCAUCCUCAGCACCAUCCUCCUGCUCUUCUACGCCGUGGAGCUGCUGCUGGGUGGCCUGGCGCUCACCUCCUUCUCCAGCACGGAUGCGUACUGAGACCCUGCACCAGAGGACCACAGCAGCACAGGUACAUGAGAUGACAGCAAGCAGGUGGCACUGGCUACAUCUCCCAGCCUGUGGCAGUGAGCCAGACCCACGCCAGCACCUGUGUGCAGUGCCAGGGGGGUGCUUCUUACUGCCUUCCCAGGCAGCACUGGCCCUGCUGCCACCUGACCCCGAGGCUUGUGACACGCAGGUCAGUUCAAGGUACAGAGAAUUUUUUUUUUACAGCAUUGUCAGAAGAAAUCACUAUUUUCCAAUAAAUAUGUAUUUUUAUCUGGUGCCUCGGCCUGUGGCAUCCCCCAGGGCAGUAGGCUGGGCAUAGGGUGCUCAGAGGCUUAAGGCACCUCCUUACCAGUGCCAACCCCUGCCCUGAGCUAAUCUGGGGGGGCACACAGAUGCUCUUGGGAAGCUCUGGAAGACUAGGGGUGGGGAGAUCAUGUAG